AUGAGAAAGGCUAGUUUUACAUCUAGUUCAGGAACACCUAUCCAAAAUGGGGUUUCAAAACAACAACAACAAACUUUACCCAGCCAUGCUCGAUUACCAGCAGACAAGGAUAUAAAUUCAGUAUUUAGAAGGACAGAAGUUAUCGGUCGAGGUAAAUUCGGGAUUGUAUAUAAAGGUUAUCAUGUUAAGACAAAACAAAUAUAUGCAAUCAAAGUAUUGAACCUUGAUUCUGAUGAAGAUGAGGUAGAAGAUGUUCAAAGAGAAAUCCAAUUUUUAGCCUCUUUAAAACAAUUACCUAAUAUUACCCGUUAUUAUGGUUCAUAUUUGAAAGAUACAAGCUUGUGGAUCAUAAUGGAAUAUUGUGCAGGUGGUUCCUUACGUACAUUACUACGACCUGGUAAGAUUGAUGAAAAAUAUAUUGGAGUUAUUACAAGGGAAAUACUUAUUGCAUUAAAAUAUAUACAUAAGGAUAACAUCAUACAUCGUGAUAUUAAAGCAGCUAAUGUCUUGAUUACCAAUGAAGGAUCGAUAAAAUUAUGUGAUUUUGGUGUCGCUGCACAAUUAAACCAAUCUACGAAAAGAAGGCAAACAAUGGCAGGUACACCUUAUUGGAUGGCUCCAGAAGUUAUAAUGGAAGGCGUAUAUUAUGACACUAAAGUGGAUAUAUGGUCACUUGGGAUCACCACAUACGAAAUUGCUACUGGUAAUCCACCUUAUUGUGAAAUAGAAGCCCUAAGAGCCAUGCAACUAAUUACAAAAUCAAAGCCGCCGAGAUUGGAAGGCCGAAAUUAUUCUCCAUUAUUGAAAGAGUUCGUUGCGUUAUGUUUAGACGAAGAUCCGAAAGAAAGGAUGUCUGCCGAAGAUCUCUUAAAGACUAAAUUCAUAAAGGCUCACAAACUUACGCCAGUGUCAAUUUUGAAAGAACUGAUUUCCAGAUAUCUAUUAUUUAGGGACAGAAAUAAAACAUUGAAGGAGGAAGGUGCGCUACCUGAAGAGGAAAAAGCAGAUAAUAAAAAAAGUAGAAAAGAAACAUCUGAUAAUACUGAUAAUACUGUUACUGAAAAUAAAUCCAUAGAUAAAAAUAUUGACGAGGAAGAAAAUGUUGAUGUGAAAUGGGAUUUCGAUUCGUUGAGCUCGAGUGAGUAUAUUAUAGAGAAUAAUAUCAACAUAGAUGCGAUUCCCGAAGAGGCAACGGUUGAUUGGUCAGCGGAUGGUCAGCAAGAACACUUUAAUUAUGCAUAUCCUGAUGAAGAACAAUAUUAUUAUCAUCCGACUAACAAGAAUGGGAAGUCAUUUUAUCAAAGUACAACGAUUGGCAAACAUCAACCAGGUACCGUCCAUCAUAAUUCAACUCUAAAUGCGCCUCUGACACAGCUUAAUACAACGGAAAAUAUAAGGACGAGGCCUAUGGGUGGGACACAUACUACAAAUAAUAAUAUGACACAUAACACUGAAUUUGCAACAGGAAAGAAAGUAGAAACAAAGACGCCGAAACAAUUGCUUGAGCUUUUUGAAGAAAAUGAACCCAUUAGUGACGACAAUGCAGUUGAGACCGAUAUUAAUAGAAUCAAUAGCAAUUUAUCAGCGAUGAAACUAAAUGGUAUUAGUGCCGCACCUAUCGAAGGAAGACAAUUAUCGUCAGGCAUGGAUGCCGCAAAUACCUCCCGCCCUCAUCAGAAUUUUACAAAUGGUAAUGCAUUUUAUAGCCAGAGUACAUCAGCCCUACCAAUAUUACAAACAAAAUUUACUGGCAACAACAAAGGUCCUACAAGUGCAAUUACAACAGCACCAACUUCUAUAGAAAUUGAGAUACCAGAAGAGCUUCCAUCAAGUAUAGCUACUUCUCUGACGCCCUUAGAGAAUGAACCUAAUAAUUUACUACCUACUAAACCUCGUGCUUCUACUGUUUCCAUUACAGCUCAAGGAUCUCAGCAUCAAAAGCAGCCUGUACUUUCUAGAAGAGUUACUUUAAGUGAAAGUACGAAUAGAGCAGAUAGUGUUCCAAAACCAGCAGAUGCUAAUUUAAGGAGUGACGGCAGAGGUCAGGGAACGGUGGGAGCUGUUACUACGACUUCGACAUCUGCAUCAAUCCUACCAGCUCCAAACAAUAAUUUUAGUACAUCCAAUAAUAAGCUAUCGCAUAGAACACCAUCACCGACUAGAAUGCUUGUGAAUAAAAUGACAACACCUGGGAAGAAAACGACUGGAUCACCUACAGGUCCAAGUUCUUCUAAGCCUCAUGCCUCAAAUUUGACUAAUCUUGGUCCUCCUCCUAUUAUGAAACCUAUUAUUGCGAAUGAUGAUAAUAAAGACUUACUAUUACAACCGUUGAAUUCGAAAACAAAUAACAACAUGUAUUCUUUGCCAAUUAAGGAGAAGGAAACAACAAGUCGUGUAAAUGGUGAUUUCAAAAGAAACAAUCCCAAUCUAAAGUUACAAAUGCCUUUGCCCACUAGUGUUUUAAGAAAUAAAUUGCUAGAUUCAAGUCAAGCGCCAGCUUCAGCUUCAGCGACAGUGACGUCUAAUUUAACUUCUCAAAUACAUGAUAAUAUAAACCAAUUUGGAUUCAAUACGAGCAGUGCUUCCAACGUACCUGUUUCGAUGACACCAAUUAGUGAAAAGAAUCUAGAUCUAGGUGCAAGAUUAAGAAGAAGUCAAAGUACGUCGACUAGGAAGCCAUCGAAUUCAAACGAACAUUCCACAGUAUUAGGUUCAACUUCGGUUCUUUUGAAUAAUGCAUCUACUGGACAAUCCAAUUUACUUUCCGCAGCAUCAUCAUCUUCUUUAAAUACAUCCUUAACUAGUAACUCAGGAAAUGUUAACAAUACUGUAACUUCUACAAAUACAGUAAUGCAAUGUCCUCCCAAUUCACUUAAUAUGCAAAUAUUUCAAGACACCGAAUUUAGUAGUUCUGGUAUAAGCAGAAGAAUAGAUAGAAAACCACAAAUGUUGGAUGAAUUACGAACGUUACUACAAAUGUUUGAUGAAAGUCUUCCUCUGAUAGAACAUGCUUUAGAGAAACAAUUACCAGCAACGCAUACUACAGAAAAUGGAGAUCAUUGA